AUACACCAUUUUGUUGUUUGUCAACCGCCAAUAAAAUUUCAAGAAGAAGCAGCAGAAGCAGAAGCGAAACAAAUCUGAGGCCAAACAAAGUGGAGUACCGCAAUGUGGAUUGCAAUUGUUCAGCCAUGAACGCGCUUUUCGGCUUCGGAGUGUGUUUUGUGCUUCUGGUGAACGUGUCAGCGGGAUUUGGAGAUCUGAGGCGUCCUGAGAACGUCCGCAUCGACUCGCUCAACACCCGUUAUGUGCUGCGGUGGGACUGGCCUCACGAGACGGCCGCCAACCAGACCGUCACCUUCACUGCGCAGUAUAUAGCGGAGUUUCGCUCGCGGAGGGCCAAGCAUGACGAGGACUGGACAUCGGUGUGUGUCAAUGUUUUAGAGCAUCGCUGUGAUUUCACUGGAGCUGAAAUGAUGUACUGGGGCUUGUAUCUGCUGCGCGUGCGGGCCAACACGUCACGGCAGUCCUCCGGCUGGGUCCAGAUCAGAUUCUGUCCUGAUAAACAUGCUGGUUUAGGUCCUCCGUCCAGCGUGAAGCUGAACACUGUUGGAGGAGAUCUAGAGAUCAUCAUCCGCGACCCUCUGAGCAGCAAUAACGAGUCCAUGAAAACUCUGCUGGACGACAAGCUGAGCUACCUCAUCCAGUACUGGAGGCGCUCUGAAGAUCCUCAGGCGGCUACAUUCCUGCCAACAAAGAACAAUGUGGUGACGGUGACUAAGCUGGACAGACAGACGUGGUACUGUGUGAGAGUUCAGAGCUGCUACAACUUCUACAACAAGAGCAGUGUCUUCAGCGACACACACUGCGCACGCACUGGAGGUCAGAUGCCGUACUGGCGGAUUUUCCUGUACUUCCUGAUUUCUCUGCUGCUGUGCUUCCUGCUGGUGCUGCUGCUGUUCUUCUGCUUUUACAAGAUGUCUGUGCUCUUGAAGAACACCUUCUGGCCAGCCAUUCAACUCCCGGAUCACAUUCAGGAGCUGUGGUUAAGUGACUCAGAGAAGCCGCAGCUGCUGGCUCCCGAGUCUCGGGAGUCUGUGUGUGAGCCGCUGGUCAUGGUCCGUGCUGUGCUGGACGCCGAGGAGGUGGACGAGCAGAGCUCGAACGCCGAGGAUCAGGACUCCAGCACGCACGGCCGACACGGCAGCGGAGACUCGGGCGUUUACUCCGCAGAGGAGGACUCCGGUCGCAGAUCCACCUCACACGCUGACCUACAGAUGAGCGUCACCAAGCACAGAGGAGAGCUGCAUGAUGGGACGCUGCAGCAGCUCUGCGCUUGAAACCGUCAACGGAUGUCAGACGCACGUGACUGUGGCUUUUUGCAGCUUUGCCUUUCUCUCUUUAAACAUCUGUCAGCUUAUUGUACAUGCAGAGACUGCAGCACCUUAGUGAGUGUUAUAACAUUUGAGCCAUAUUUGUCAUUUCUGUAUGCUGUCAUGCAGAUUUCUUAUGAUUCUUAUAGAAUCUUAAUUCAUUAUUGUCACUUGAUGACUUUUUUUUGUUGGCUUUAACAACAACGUUUAAAAAGAAAAUGAACUGUGAUUCGUUAGUGUGACUGUUUUCUCAUUCAUCUCCAGUGUCAAAUUAAAAUGACCUCUAUCCUAUGUAAAUGACUUGUCUUUAAAUGGUUGUAUUUCCAGUCUUUAGCCCUAUUAAGUUAUGCUCAUGUUUGUGUGCUGUAUUCGCACAUACAGUAUAUAUGUGUGUGUGUGUGUGUGUGUGUGUGUGUGUGUACAUAUACACAUAUAUAUAUAUAUUAUAGAUGGGACGAUAAGUCAUUGCAACACGAAUCAAGAAAUGAUUCAGCAUCGAUUCGAGAUUUUCCGAAGACAUCGCGAUUCUUUCUCAUAUCGAUUCUGAGCUUAGUUUUGAACAGCAGACGGCACCGUUUGCUUUAGAAACAUCUGUGCUCUGUAAAUGUGAGCCACAGAGUUUGAGCACAUUGCUAUUAUUCAUUUAUUUAUUUAUUGGCAUCACCUUGUGGAAGUUUGAUGCAAGGACAAAAAUCCCACUGAUAGCUGUAAACUGUUUUCUCAGUGGUUGUUCAGGCUCUUAGGUUAAAGCGUAACCAGGAAAUUACUCUCCAUGCAGAAAUUGCUCCUUUCCUUGUUUCUUUCAUGUUGUGCCUUGAAAAGGCCCUCAACUUUAUUCUUAAUUCUAUUAGCUGUCUGUAAAGUUUUGCGUAAAUGGAACUUGAAUCGGUGGCAGAAUAUUUGACAAUGUGUAGUGUUGGUGUGUCUCCAGGAACAAGGAUGGGAAACACUGCUAAAUGGCUUUGUUUUGCUAAUUAUAAAGGCUUGUACAGCUGUGUUCACUGAAGCUUUGAUCAGCCAUGCAUGUUAGGCUGGCCGCACACUAGAAGAUUUUAAGGCUGAUUUGCACCCUCAAACAAUCGGGGUAUGUGGCCUGAUUCAAGGCUUGUCGCAAAUGAUUUUUUGUCAAAAAAGAAAAAAAAUCCCUUAUUGUGUGGUGUCAUUACGAUGUGGUGCCCAAUCGAGACUGAGCGUCCCCAAAGUCAAAUCUGACGCGAUGCCCACAAUAGCCAAUGAGAGCAACCAAGCGUCGGAUUUUGUAAGCUUAUAUAGCUGAAACUUGGCAGCCACAAACACAAACAUGCUAUGAAAGCAGAAUGCUGAGAAAGAACAUCACCCAAAUAAUUUUUUUAUACUUUGUUUUUUUUACUGUGAAACAGAACGAAUGCUAGAAGAGCCAGCUGACAACGUCGAUUGUUCUCCAUUUGUUUGCCUUCUCUAGUCACGUUUGAUCUCGUGAGAUCGUGUGUCACUGUGAAAUCGUUCCUACAAUCAACAAGUGUGUGGUCUAAUCAUCUAGUGUGCGCAUUCAGAGGAUUAUAAGGCUGAAAAUCGGUUGAAACGGUCUUCAUGUCUGUGGUCUCUCACGGUUUUAAAAUCGGUUAAGAUUUGAAUGCUUGUAAGUAAUAAUUAACAUUUUCAAGUCCAUUCAUUAUUUGUGGCUCGCAAGUCUCAAUACAAAUAAAAUAAAAUGGAGCAUAAAAAUGUGUUUUUGUCUCAUUAAUGUCUUAUAAUUC